AUGUCUUCCUCAGCUUCUUCGUUUCAAUCCUCUCGUCCCAACGACAUUGAGCGUAGCGAUGAAAUCCUAGCGGACCUAAAUGGUCUGACCAUGGAUAAAAAGGACAUGAUCAGUGAUAAGUACAAGUACCGCUUCGAACAGUACCAAGAUUGGGAGAUCCUCAGGAAGCAAGUCCUUCUCGAACAGUCGUCCGAAGCGAAGCGUCGCACACGUCCGGCCACCCAGGCCGAGAAGGACGCAGCUCGCCGUGAGACUACUCGCUACUUUGACUUCUGGCCCGAGGGCAAGGCCAAGCCGAUGAUCUUCACCAGCGGUGGCAACAUCAUCACAAGUAAUGAUCCCCGUACAAAGGGUUACAUUCUCCAGAAUGAUUUUCCCAAUCCUGAUAUGAAAAUCGAGCAAUACUACCCCCCGGGAGUAUGCCAGAGCGAUGCAGUCAAAGCCUCGUCACAAAAUUGA